AGAUAAACUACCCUCCACUGUUGAUGUCCCGAGCAAAGGAAGUGAAAAGCCACCGAGCAACCUCUCAAUCCCCUUUCCUGCUGAGAGAACAACAAUUCAGAAGACAAAGUCUGCAGAGACAGACUUAACAAGAGUCGAGAAGACACUUCCCACACCAGAGGCAAAGCAAUGCAGGUCUCCAUCUCUCACCACAACACCACCAACAGAGGUGUGUGUGGAGCCCAGCCGCACCCCAACCAGGACCAGCCUCCCUAUCCGCCCAGCGGGACAACGGCCUGUGAGUCUGCUCAAGUCUCACAGCAGUGUGGCCACCCGUGGCCGCGACUCCAGAGACGGUAGAGAGCGCAGCCCUACCUCUGCCCAGAGCCUCGACCGCAAGGACUGCCGCAUGCCGACGCGCUCUCCGGGCCCCUGCAGGGCCUCGUGGGCCGAGGCGAGCAGGCCCGAGGGAUGGAGGGACCUGCGGGAUGAAGCUCAAGCUGGAAUACCUCUAGACAUUGGAGGUGGCAUGGCUGCAGUGAUGAGAGACAUCCCCAGGAAGGAGAGACUAAAGACUGGUUCGACCUCCCUACCUGCGCCUGCUACCCAGGCCCCCAAACCGGCACGCAAAGGUAAAAGCCGCACGCUGGAUAACAGCGACCUGAAUAGCCUCUCUGAGGACCUGGGGUUGGCCAGGGAAGCCCAGCAGACACAGCAGGGCCAGCGAGGCUCCGCUAAAGACAGGAAGAUGCUCAAGUUCAUCAGUGGCAUUUUCACAAAGAGCAGUUCGGGGGCAGCGGGGUCAUCCUCCACAGCACCUCCUGUCUAUAUACAGAGAGACUCCAGCGAGGAGGAAGUAAAUAUUGCCAACAGCCAAGAGUGGACCCUGAGCAGAUCCAUCCCAGAGCUAAGACUGGGCAUUUUGGGAAGUCUGAAAAGCGGAAAGUCAGCGUUGGUGAACAAAUACAUUACAGGCAGUUAUGCUGCACUUGAGAAGCCUGAUGGUGGCAGGUAUAAAAAGGAAGUGCUGGUGGACGGACAGAGUCAUUUAUUACUGAUCCGGGAGGAAGCUGGAUCUCCUGAUGCACAGUUCUGUAGCUGGGUUGACGCAGUGAUCCUGGUCUUCAGCCUGGAGAAUGAGGCCAGUUUCAAGGAGCUCUACCAGCUCUACAGCCAGCUCAGCGCUUUCCGCACAGACAUCCCGGUCAUAGUGGUCGGCACCCAAGAUAAAAUCAGCAGCACCAACCCCCGUGUGAUUGAGGAUCAGAGAGCCAGACAGUUGUGUAUUGACGUCCGUCAUUCGCUGUUUUAUGAGACCUGUGCCACCUAUGGGUUCAACGUCGACCGAGUGUUUUCAGAGGCUGCCCAGAAGAUUGUAGCUCAGAAGAAGCAGGCGGCUCUGCAAGCCUGCAAGUCUCUUCCCAACUCGCCCAGUCACUCCGGAGGCUCCACACCUGGAUCAGCAUCGCUCCCUGGCCAGGCCAGUAAUGGCCCUAGUAGUGGCUACGCCUACUCCCUCCCCUCCACCCCUGUGGUCGGUCACAGAGAGCUGCGACUUACGCAGGGAGAGGGGGGAGGCAGUGUCAACUCUCGUGCGCUGAAGGGCAUCCCCAGACGACCCUCCCUCUUCAAGAACCGGGACACGGAUAAGAAAGCUGGUGAUCCUAAAGGAGACCUGAGCAGCGUGCGGGGCGUUCCCAUCAAACAGAGCAUCCUGUGGAAGAGAAGUGGUAGCUCUCUGAAUAAGGAGUGGAAGAAGAAAUACGUCACCCUGUCCAACAAUGGCACGCUGUCUUACCACUCCAGCUCCAGCGACUACACACAGAAUAUCCAUGGAAAAGAAAUAGACCUGCUUCGUGUGACAGUUAAAGUUCCUGGGAAACGUCCUCCGAGAGCCGUUGCUCCUGUGGGCCCCUCACCUGUGCCCCCUGGCUCUGUAGCUGGAGUUAACGGGCUGAGUAAGGACCCGACAGCCGCUGAUAGCACCAGCACAGUUCCUCAGUUGUGUCCAGCCACCCUGUCAGUGGUUGAUGAUCGGUCUGGUGGUUUGUCUCCUCAAGGCGGAGAGAGAGGACUUCAGCGCUGCCCCUCCUCGCUGUCCACCAAAGCACAAAGUGUUGAUGCUCUUGAAGGGACCGCCAGUCAUUUUGCUGGAAAAGACCCCGGCCAGUCGUCCCCCAUGAGCGACAGGAAGAAGAACAGGAGGAAGAAGAGCAUGAAUCAGAAAGGAGAUGCAGCCGUUGGUCAAGCUGAAGCCAAACGCAAAAUGUGGAAAUUAAAGAGCUUUGGUAGCUUGAGAAACAUUAAUAAGACAGAGGAGGAGAAUGCAGACUUUAUCAUUGUGUCGUUUACUGGGCAGACGUGGCACUUUGACGCUCAGAGCCAGGAGGAAAGGGACUCGUGGGUGUCGGCUAUAGAGAGCCAGAUUCUGGCGAGUCUGCAGUCCUGUGAGAGCGGCAGAAACAAGGCGCGUAGGAGCAGUCAGAGUGAGGCUGUAGCGCUUCAGGCCAUCCGUAACGCCAAGGGCAACGGUCUGUGUGUGGACUGCGAAGCACCGAAUCCCACCUGGGCCAGUCUCAAUCUGGGUGCACUGAUCUGUAUUGAGUGCUCGGGGAUCCAUCGAAACCUGGGGACUCACCUGUCUCGCGUCCGCUCGCUGGACCUGGAUGACUGGCCUGGAGAGCUCACACAAGUACUGGCCGCCAUCGGAAACCACAUGGCCAACAGCAUCUGGGAGAGCUGCACGCAGGGCAGAACCAAACCCACGCCUAACGCAACACGUGAGGAAAGAGAGUCCUGGAUUCGUGCCAAGUAUGAACAGCGGGCAUUUGUGGCACCUCUUCGGCCGGCCUCUGGUACCCAGCUGCCGGAGGACACUAUGCCGGUGUGGCUGCUGUCCGCAGUCACCGAGAGAGAUCUGCCCAAGCUGUUGCUUCUUCUGGCCCACAGCACCAAGGAACUGAUCAAUGCUCAACUGGCCGGGUCGACUUUGCCACCUCGCACGGCCCUGCACGCUGCUUGUCAGCUGGGAGAUGUAGUCAUGACUCAGCUGCUCGUCUGGUACGGAAUCGACGUGAAAGCGAAAGAUAACCUCGGCCAGACAGCCAUGAUGAUGGCCAGAAAAAACGGGAGCAAAGGCUGCAUUGAUAUUUUGCAUCAACACGGCUGUCCGAACGAGAUGUCCCCUACCACUGCCACACCUAUCCUCUCCCGCCGGUCCAGCACCGCCAGCCUGGGCCGAACCAGCUCCAGGAAACGGGUGUCGUAGCGUGGACUGAAGAUGCUAGCACACUAGGGGCUGGUGAUGGUUAAGUAACCUUUAGGAUACAGGCGGAGCUGACUUUGGAGACGGGUGUAUUAUAAGAAAAAUGACAGGACUAUAUCAUUAAAAAAUGCUUCUGAAGACCGAACAACAUAUCAAACAACUUAAAAGCAAUAUUCAUUCAAUUUGUUGAUGACAGAUAUAUUGCUGAAAUACUGUGUUGUUGUUGACCUCAUUUCAAAAUGACUCAAGUAGAACUUUGUAGCUGUCCUCUGUAACUUUAGAGCAGACACUCCUCUGUUUCACUUCCUCCAGAAGAAGUGCAAUAAUUCAGCUAUGAUCGUGAAAGGCAACAAGUCUUAGAGGAAACUCUGUCAGAUGACUUUGUGGUCACUUGUGAGAGAGUUAUUACAUCAAGCAGGUGGUGCUUUUAUUCAAAUUUGUUGUGACUGGACCAAAACAGCUAUUUUAUUUUUUCCCUUUGGCUUUACAAAUGAAACAUAAACCUACAAUAUGUCAUGUUGUUAGUUAUGUGUGCCUGUUGCAGCAGUAUAAAGGUCAGUUUAUAUAUAAACAAAUCAGCUGAGAUAAUUCUGCUUAGACUAGAAAAAUGAAUGGUUUGGAAUAUGAAAUAUGUCAGUGUUACUCUCACAGGUCAAAGAUAUGGCGUUUUAAUAUCCUGUAAAUGUACCUAUACUACAAACUUAAUGUUAAACUCUGUAACGAAGACACAACUGAAAAAUCAAGACUCAAUUUUUGUAAAUGAUUUCUUACUGGUAGUUUUGAAAAUAUGUCAAGUUUGUUUUUUCAUUGUCUUUUAUAAUUUCUUAUUCUCCAACAUGUCACAUAAAAGCAUAAACCAGUAAACAAAUGCUUUUACAUCUGUAAACAUGUGGCUGUUUGUUAAAGGUUUUGUUUGGGAUAGCCAGAAGACUGCAUAAAAACAAAGACAUUAUUCAUACAUCAUAUUACUGUUACUGUGUAGGUCGCUCCCAUGAGUUUACAGUGAAGUAUGAAGCGGUUACAGGUGUCAUUGUCACUUCUGACACUUCGUGGGUCAUGUGAAUCCCUCAUGAUCAAAAAGGAAUGGUUAAAUAAAAUAAACUUUUU